CAUUGACUGGGUGGCAUUUAUUGUUGAGACAGACAACACAAUGGCUGACCUAUCGUUCGUGAUUCGUGCUGCUGUCAUUGGCAUGGUUCUGGCCGUGACACUGGGUCAGUUCGGUUUCCCAGGACUUGGGGGAAGACCAGCGUUUGGUGGCCAAGGGGGAGGUAAUCCACUCCUUGGUGCUCGUGGAGGCGGCUUAGGCGGACUUGGUGUAUUUGGUGGACUUGGACUCCCAGGAAUUGGUGGGGGGUUCCAGCCUCAGCCUCAGACUCCUCCACCCAACAACCCCCAACCCCAGGCUCAACCUCCCAGUCAGGACCAGAAGAAGCUGGUGGACCUCCUGGUGAACGUCAUCUCGAAGAACCACGACCACAAACACCAUCUGGAUCACCACAACUCCACCGUCGCGGGGAAGCCCAACAGAAUGCAAGCAAUCAAAGAUGCCCUCAAACUUCAUAAUCAGAGAUAUUGAUUUUAAUGUUUUUGUUGUAUCAUAAUAUUUUCAAAUCACCUCAUUUUUGUUUAAUAGGUUCGUUGUGAUCUAAUACUACAUUGUGGCUGAUACUGUAAUGAUGUGAUGUUUGAACGAGUAUAGCCUAUAAUACUCUUAGAAAACCCACAGUUGUACAAGUGAGCAUGGUUGUACGACACAUUUAGAAAUACAGUAAACUACGGUUAUAACGAACUCAAAAGGACUACUUUUAGUUCGUUAUAACCGUGGUUCGUUAUAAGCAUAUAUACAGCAUAACUACAGCAAAUAGUCGGGAUUAAAAAGUUAGUUCGUUAUAUCCGUCAGUUCGUUAUAAGCGUGUUCGUUAUAACCGUAGUUUACUGUAGUUCAGCAAUAUCACAGCGGUGACACCAAGAAUUGGCAUCAGUUAUUGUCCCACCGCCUCAAUAGGCAACUUACCCCUUGUCAUUUUCAAUAUCUAUAUCUUAACUCUAAAAGAGAGAUAUCUAAGUUGGCUUUGCGAGGUUUAGAAGGAAAUCUUAUCUCGACCAAACAUUUAUUGUUUCUAUUAUAGCCUAGGUGUGUGAUUGUUUUAUCCUGAAGUUAGAUGCUUGUGGUAAAGUCAUUGGAUUAGAGUCAGCUAUGAACCCACAAGAGUAUUUGAAAAGAUCAUACGAUAUUAAUAGUAUUAAUCCUUGUUUUAGGUUAUCAAACAAGAAGCGUAAAUAGUUUAACCAUCAACCCAAUAACUUAAGUUAAUUUUAGGUGGAAGUGUGCGGAUUAGUGCGAGGCAGGGUGUAAGAUUUAAUAGAGAAAAACUAACCAUUCACUGAUGUGUAAAAGCAACAUGCACAUCGAUGCAGAUUCCAGGUAACAUUGGUCCUAAAUAUACCACGAUCAUAUCAAUCUAGCUUCUCUAUAGAAUAGAUAUGAUUAAAACGUACAUGCAGUCAUCUGAUAUGACCAUGGUCACCUUGUUGUGAGUUCGAACCCUAGAUUCGUCUAUAUAUGACUCUUGGUUUGUAGCCGCCAAUUCCGUUAUCAUUGAUUUCAUCAAGUGUUCACUACCACUGCCCACUACCUGUGUCAAUCUGGAUUUUCUCAAAGCUAACACUGUGUGAUGUGACUGAAUCAUCCUAAACGGAAACCCUUCACAUUCUAGGGGUUCGGCUGCCUACAGGGCAGUUACCUUGAGUGAUGUUGAUCUAUAGGGUUUCAUCUUUGAACAGGGGCAGUCGGGUAGCCUAGCGGUUAAAGCGUUCGCUCGUCACGCCGUACACCCGGGUUCGAUUCUCGACAUGGGUACAAUGUGUGAAGCCCAUGUCUGGUGUCCCCCGCCGUGAUAUUGCUGGAAUAUUGCUAAAAGCGGCGUAAAACCAUACUCACUCACUCAUCUUUGAACGAUGUUAUAUUUUCCACGAAUCUUACAUCAGCCAUGGUAUUAUAUUAUUUCACCAGUUACACAUUUUCUAGCUAUAGUUAUACAGUUGAAUGUGUCAUUAGCAAGAGGUAGAAGUUCAUGCUCAUUAAAAUAUACACCGUGA